UAUCUAAAGCCAGUAACGUCCCAUAUUGUUACAUUCAUCUUUCCGCGAUGGGAAGACCAUCCUCUACCAUCGAAAUCCCUCACGAACGCCACCGACAUAACGGCCGCCGGACCCCUGACUCCGAUAUCUCCGACGACUAUCGCCGUCGCCGCAGCCCUAGCUACGACUCAUACGACCGCCACACGGAGCGCCACCGCCGCUGUUCGGAAUCGCCCGAGCACAGAAGCCCUAGGCACACCAACGGAACUCACAACGACAACACUCUGCCUAAGAAAUUCGGCCGCCGAAACGGCGCGUAUCUGGAUCGCGACCGCGGGGAUUGGCAGCGUUCCGAUUCCGAGUCAGACGAGGAGUUGAAGGGUUUGAACUACGAGGAAUUCCGAAGGCUCAAGAGGCAGAAAAUGAGGAAAUCGCUGAAGCACUGCAUCUGGAACGUCACGCCCAGUCCUCCGAGGCGCGAUAACGAAGAUCCGGAAGAUUAUAGCAAACCCGAUGAAAUUUCUGAUCGAGACGACGGCGCUGGGAAGAUCGAUAAGGAGAUUAAAGCAAAAGCAAAAGCAAAAUCGGAAUCAGAAUCUGAUUCCGAUUCUGAAUCUGAGAAAUCUGUCAGUAGUGAAUCAGACGGUUCGCGUUCGAGAAAGAAGAAAAGGAAGAGCUCUGCUGGUUCUUCGAGAAGAUCGUAUAGCGAGAGUGAAUCGGAAUCGGAAUCAGAGUCUGAAUCUGAAUCUGAAUCUGAAUCAGAAGAAGAGGAACGUAGACGAAGAAAGAGUAGGAGGAAUAGAAGAAAAAGAAGUAACAGGAGCAGGAAGAAGAGAAGAUAUAGCGAUUCAGAUGAGAGAGAAGACAGCGAGAGCGAUGACUCUGAUAGCAGUGGCAGAAAGAAGAAGAAACGAUCUUCUUCCUCAAAGUCUCGAUCCAAGCGUAUCAGAAGGAGCAGAAAGAGAACAAAUAGAAGCCCUGAAACAGAAGGCGAGGGUUCUGAUUUGGAGGAGGAGAAUGGUUCUGGUUCUGGUGAUGCUAAGAGUAAAACAACCGUUGAUGAGGUGAUGAAGACGGAGAUUAACGCGGAGGCUAUAAAGUUGAAGGAAUUGUUUGAGUCUCAGAAGAAACCCGCAUUGGAUAACGAACCCGCGGUUGGGCCAAUGCCGUUGCCUAGAGCCGAGGGACAUAUCAGCUAUGGUGGAGCGCUUAGGCCCGGUGAAGGUGAUGCCAUUGCACAGUAUGUUCAACAAGGGAAGCGUAUUCCGCGAAGAGGAGAAGUGGGUCUUUCUGCGGAGGAGAUUCAGAAGUUUGAGAGCCUUGGUUAUGUGAUGAGUGGUAGUAGGCAUCAGAGGAUGAAUGCCAUUCGUAUUAGGAAAGAAAACCAGGUUUAUAGUGCUGAGGAUAAGCGCGCUUUGGCUAUGUUUAACUAUGAAGAGAAGGCUAAAAGGGAGCACAAGGUUAUGGCUGAUUUGCAGCGCCUCGUGCAGCGGCACAUUGGCCAGGAUGUUGGCCCAACUCAUGAUCCUUUUGCUGCAAAAGCCUCUGAUGGUGCUGAUGCAUGAUCCUUAAUUUUGAUGAUUGGUGAUGUAAUUUUUCUGAUAUGCUUAUUGGACACAUAGAGGAUCACAUACAGCAAAAACUGAAUCAUUAAUUCGUAGUGAAUGGUGUCUUUUCUGUCAUUAGUAGGUCUCUGACUUCUCAUUGUAACUCAAGCAUCAGAACAGAUGUAUAUUGUACUGAAUGUUGUCUUUCCUCUGGUCCUAGAGAAGGGAAAGAUUUCUCAGUGCGCCUAGUUGACUCCUACCAUUUCCUCAGUAAGAUUGUUUGGUAAUAUGAUUGAAAGCUACAUGUAAGCAUUACAAUCCCUUGUUUGGUAAUCUCAGUAAGAUACCCAUGUGAAGAAUCA